AUGAUCCAGCCCAACGGCGAGGGCAUGGUGAUGAUCCGAGACGAAAUCGACAGCGGUGGCGGCCCCCUGCUUAGCGAGAUCGGGAAGCAACCGCAGCUGCAACGACGCAUCAGCAAAAUCAGCUGCGGCAGCAGCACAACCAGCGACAUGGAUUCUCACAGCCUGCUGUCGGGUCAUGAUAGCCUGGGGUCGAUGCUGAGUGACUCGGGCUCGGUGUCCAGCAGCGGCGGCGGCGCUGCCAGGGGAAGCUUCACAUCCGUCGACACCGAAGGCAGCAGCAGCAGCUCCGGCACCAACAAGCGUCCCCUCAGCGAUGAAGAAGAGCUCCGACUGGUUGAACAAGAACAGUCAAAUGGCCAACAGCUGAGGAAGGCUUGUGACCUGUGUACGAAGACGGGUGUACCAAAUCAGUGUGCCUACAGCCCGAGGCUAAAGAGCGGCAGGAAAAAGAAGGUCCGCAUCGACGGCGUGCUGUACGAGGAGGGCACAUACGGCGGUGAGCUUGCCCUCGCGAACCCGGGCGGGGUGCGGCACAACGUCGACCCUUCCGCGGGGAGGUUCUCUGCCUCGGGAGCCGUCGGGCUCGCGGGGCACGUCGAAAACUUCUUCCUGGCCACCUACCUCCGAGACUUCAACCGUCUGGUACCCCUCACCACGGAGAGCAGCGUGACGGAGGGGAUGCUGGAGGUGCUCUCCCCGGCCGUGUCUUCCAGGGGCCUGGCCACGGCGAACCCGAUCAAGCAGCCGGAGUCCCGGCGGCAAGCCAAGCUUGCGGUGUUCUGGGGGGUGGUGGCGAUGGGGUCGCGGAUCUUGGGCGCCGCGGACGAGUCCACGGUGCGGUAUCUCGGGCUCAUGAGGAGCGCGCUCCGGGAGUGCUUCGACUGCAACGACAAGGAGGUCGUGCAGGCGUACCUCCUCCUGUCCACCGUCGAGACGAUGCGCGGCAACGAGGCGGCGGGGAAGCGGUACCUGGACCACGCCCAUACGAUGCACAACGGCAACGCCAUAGGGCCCGAGGGGAAGCUCCUGAGGGACCGGUCGGAGCAGGACGUGUCUCUGGACCUGGUGUUCCAGAUGUACGACCAGCCGGACGGUGCCGUGAGCGGGUUCAACCGGUCGGCGGCGGUGGGGGACUGGCGCCGGAAUCAGCACGCAGCCGACGGCUCGUCGUCGUCGCCCGAACAGGCACGUAGCGGCCGUGGUUCGGAUUCCGGGAAGCCGACAUCGGCGGUGGACCAGAUGAUCGCGCAGGCGGUGUCGCCGCCGUCGGAGUGCCAGAGCUCCCCGCUGAAGGCCCUCAAGUACCUGAGCACGGUGUGCGGGCUGUCCUCCGAGGUGUUCGACCCCACCAACAAGUGUGUCACGGUCAAGCAGUAUCUCGCGGAGAUGGACUCGGCGCUCAAGGGUGCCCACUCGUUGUUCGUGGCGACCGACCUGAGCGAGUGCAUCACGGGGGUGGUGAUAGUCAAGAUUUUUGGCGGGGUGACGGUGCUGAUGAGGUCGUGGGGCCAGCUGGAGGACAGGGAUAUCGGCCUCGCGCAGCUGGAGGAGGGCGUCGGCUACGCGCUCACACGCCCUGGUCUCUUCACGUUCCCAAUAUGGUGGCACGCCUUGCAUUGCGCCGCAAUAUGCCUGGCUCACUUCGGGCGCGACGAUACCUACAUGCGGCUGAGGGCUACGUUCAACAAGACCACCUUCCCGGGUACCGAGAUACCAUCGAUCCAGGACUACAGCCCAGCGUCAGUUUGCCCGCAGCUGGGCGGGAACUGCCCGAAGCUGGCGUACUGGCUGCAGGUGCGAGGGGCUAUGUGUGCGGAGCUGGAGUGGAAGCCGCAGUUCUCGAGGAGCCGGCUGUCGGAAGCCAGCGAGAACGCGGCUUACGCGGCGGCCCUGGAGCGGGGAUGCUCGAGCGGCAAGCACAAGAAGAGCAGCGGGGCGGCGGGGUGGGGGGAGGGGUGUGGGGCGGCAGAGGCACCCAAGCAACCGGUUCCAAACCCAGUAGAUCAGGUGAGCGCUUCGGACAUUGCGGACGGCGGCAGCCAGCUGCGGGCGGCGCUGGACGCGGGCCUCGCGGAGAUGGGAGCGCCGUUCAACGACCUCGGCGGGCUCGGCAUCCUGGACGGCUCGGGCGCGGACCUCGACCUCGACCUCGGUCUCGGCUCGGAGUUCGACCUCUCGCAGCUGGAGUCGCCGGAGCAGGUCGUGGAGGCUAGCGGCGAAACGGAAACGAGCCUUUCGGCGGCGGCGGCGGCGGCGGCGGCGGGAUCCCGGACCGUCGGUGCCACCGACGUUCCGGCGGCAGGAAGCGGCGGGGGGCCGCCGCCGCCCGGGGCAUUUGGAGCUGCGGCCUUCAACUCGAUGCAGAUACCGGCGGGGCUUGUCGCAGGGAGGAGUGGGAGUAGUAGUGUCGCUGGCAGUCGAGGAGCUGGUGCGGGCGCACCCGUCGUCAUCGGCGGCGGAGAGAUGUCCAGGGGCCCGUCGUUUGGCAUCUCGGAGCCGGCCGCGGUGUCGUCGAUUCUUGGGCCGGCGGGGGCGUCGUCGGGCGGCGCUCUCUCUCGGCAGUCCUCUCUUGACAUCAACACUAUCAUGCAGAUGGUCACGUCCGACGAGGAGCUGAGGAAAAAUGAGGGCGGCACACCAGACGCCAUCGACCACGCGCUGGAGUACGGAGAAGGGCCCGCCAAAGAAAUGUUUGGCAUUGAUUUGUCGAUGACAGAGUAGAGUUGCCCUGGGGGACGACGUCCGUAGGAAGAAGUGCGAUUGUAGCAACCCUCCGUUGCCGUUGGUUGGUCCGUUAGUGGCGGGAGGUGUCUAUGCUUGUCUGGUGCUCGCAAGUUCUACUCCUCCCCCCGUGAAGCUUGAUUGUAAUUUUGUGCUUUCGUCUAUGUUCGGUUUGGUCGUCACGUGCGACGGCGGGAGGUUGGCUAUCUAUCGCCUGUCGCCGCAUGGAUGCGCGAGUCCGUUUCCCGUUUAUAUGUGUGUUGCCUUGCUGCAUUCACGCCAGGGCUCGACGGAUGGCCUGAUGUCAGAAGGGAAUUCGGGCGUUGUUUUACGUGCGACCGUACGAGGAGCGGUGAUUUCAGGAGGGUAGAUUUAUUCUUGUUGUUAAAGAGUACGUGUGUAUAGACGUUUUUUUUCCGUACUUGCAAGGAUUUUAUUGUGGGAUUUGUCUCUUUUAAUGAUAGAUGGCUGCGAACGGGAGGCCUUCGGGCGCCAGCGCAAGAUGAUGAUGAUCGUCGCGCUCGGAGCGCAGCUCGGCUGGUUGUCAACAUGUAGCGUGUACCUCUUGGAAGGUACAAAGGUACAGUAGAAGUAGUUGUGUUGCCCGUGUCGAAUGUGCCUAAACGUCUCGACCGCUAGAUGUAGUGAGCAGACGAGGCCGAACUUGGGGAAAGCCAGGGCCGAACGGACAGGGCAGGCGUACCGCUUGGUUGUAAAUAGCUUAUGAUCCGGUUGAUUUCGUCUGUGAAGCACCGGCUAGCACCACUGCUUUGUCAAAAACUCAGAAGAAGCCUGUUGCAUGAGAAGGCAGCGUGGUGAUGCACGUGUAUCAGAUGAGUGUGUGGACCGGGCCCCUUUUCCCAGUUUAGUCUCUUACGUUGUACCGCUCUGUUGCGUCACCUGAUGGCGAAGCCAGCACCGCUGCGUCGUCGAGAGCACUGAGUGUUACAUCUGUCGUUUUACUGUCUUGGUCUGGGACACAUUCGUAUUUUGUGCUGGAAAAGGGAGGCUUGUUGUAGCAUACUGCUGUAGUGAUCGAGCGCGUUCAACACCACCGCGCCUGGCUUUGCACGAACAGCAUUCGGGUCGGAAUAGAAGCUGCACCAUAUCGAGCCCAUCCACCGCUGGCGUAGAAAUAAUCCGAACUGCUGUGUAUAUUG